AUUUGUUUGGAUUCAACGUCACAGAAUCCGAUGAGUCAUCGUGCGGAGCCAUAUUCCACGCACUGGACUGGCACAGGCGGUGGGCAGUCCGUGUGUCGGCACUUCUUGCAGGGCAAAUGCACGUUCGGUGAGGCCUGCAGCUUCAAGCACGAAGGGAGCGCACCAGGCGCAAUGCCCGUCCAAGGGGUCCAGAUGGACGAUGAGAGGCCUGUCUGCCGGCAUUUCCUGGAAGGGAGGUGCACCUAUGCUGAUGCUUGCCGCUUCAGCCACCAAGCGCCCGAAAGCGCCAGCGCCGGCGGCGGAACCUGGAAAAGCCCAGAAGGACUGGCGCCGAGUUCCGGUGAUGACAGGCCUGUCUGCCGGCAUUUCCUGGAAGGGAGGUGCACCUAUGCUGACGCUUGCCGCUUCAGCCACCAAGCGCCUGAAGGCCCUGGACCAGCUCCGAAUGCGGACGACAGGCCAGUCUGCCGGCAUUUCCUGGAAGGGAAAUGCACUUACGCUGAAGCUUGCCGCUUUAGCCAUGAUGCCCCAGGAUUCCAACCACCAGGCAGUGAUUUGGGGCACAAGCCGGUGGACGGCCAAAGGCCAGUUUGCCGGCAUUUCCUGGAAGGAAAGUGCACCUAUGGUGCUGCUUGCAGCUUCAGCCAUGAGGGCAUCCCCAUGACCGCGAGUUUCGCAGGCCCGAGCCCUGCAGUGAACGCCGAUGAGAGGCCUGUGUGCCGGCAUUUCCUGGAAGGAAAGUGCACCUUUGGUGAUCUUUGCCGCUUCAGCCAUGAUGCCCCAAGAGGACCCAUCUUCAAUAGCCAAGGGGCCGAAAAAACGGCGGUGGCUGAUGACAGGCCUGUGUGCCGGCAUUUCCUGGAAGGAAAGUGCACCUUUGGUGAUCUUUGCCGCUUCAGCCAUGAUGCCCCAAGAGGACCCAUCUUCAAUAGCCAAGGGGCCGAAAAAACGGCGGUGGCUGAUGACAGGUCUGUGUGCCGGCAUUUCCUCGAAGGAAAGUGCACCUUCGGUGAUGCUUGCCGCUUCAGUCAUGCCCUUCCAGGUGCCCAUUCCUCAUGGGGCUUCCCAGUGGACGAGAGGCCAGUUUGCCGGCAUUUCCUGGAAGGAAAGUGCACCUACGGCCAUGACUGCCGCUUUAGCCAUGAUGCCAUGGCAGGGCGUCAAGAACCAUGGCGUGCUCAACCAGCUCCGAUGAAGCCACUGCCCUUGCCCUUUAGGAUACCUGCAGGCCGCCCGAAAAACGGUUUUCAGGACUCCAGCUAUGGGCCAGUAAGGACUUCCCCAAAGGAUCGCCGACUUCCGAUUUGCCGGCACUUCCUGCUGGGGAAGUGUACCUUUGGGAACACCUGCGGCUUUCGGCACGAGGAGGAGACCGUGCGGCUUGAGCGGCCCGAGCCAGGUGUCGGGCCAUCCGACACGAGGCCCGUUUGUCGACACUUUGCAAUCGGGAAAUGCACCUACGGAAAUGAAUGUAAUUUCGCACAUCCCAUUUUAGCAUAG